UGUCAACAAAGUCGCGACACACAUAUCAUCAUUCAGUCAAGUGCACAUGUGUUUAUUGAGUAACAAGGUUAGUUUACCAUUCAUUCCCGCUUAAAUUUUGUGGUGCAAAAACUAAUCAAGGAUAAAAAAAGACAUAUAACGUGACAGAAUGUCAUCGAACAUUCAGAGAGAUCCUGAUUCUACUGUAGAAUGGCCUGCAAAAGGAACAAGGAAAACAAGAAAAUGUGAGGUUAUAAAGCAGUUGAAUGUAGCUGGAGCAGCCCAUACAAAUCAUAAGGGUAUUCAUGUACCUGCUAGGUCUAUAGGACCGAACUGGGGAGAACGUCAAAUCAUUCUAGAUAAGUUUAACUCACUUUCUUCCAAAGAUGUACAAGAUAGUUGGCUGGCGGGUCUCAUUUCAUUCGACAACGUAAAGCAAAGAAGACCGAGACGGACUCAUAACGACGAGGAUGAUGACGAUGGGCCUUCAUUUGAUCAUUCUGUUGCUUUUUACUACAAGGUUAGAACAGCUGGACAAGAAAAGGAUUAUAUUCUAGUACAUGCAUUGAGGCUAUUUAAGAAAGUAACUCAUGUAUUUUCUAUACGAGGUCAUUCUUAUCUACCCAAUGAUCAAGAUUUCGCUCUUAUCGAAAAAAAGAAAAGACGAAAUAGCCCGGAAGUUCCCGAAGAUUGGGAUGCUCUAAUACAGGAAGCAAGUAUAAGGGUGUUCAGGGUACAAACAAGGGUUACAGACGUCAUGCCCAACAACUUUACCAAUAAAACGAUCCUAGUUGUGCUGGACUACAUCCUCUACAAAUUCAUGGUUGAGCUCAUCCAGGACGCAUAUGUGUUAGAGCACGUGAUCGAAAGAAAUAUAUAA